AUGCAUUCUUUAUUUGUUCCGGUUUUCUUUCUUCUUUUUGGGUAUUCUUAUUCUUUGGAAUGUUCAAGCCAAGAAGUGAAUUUCACUCCAACUAAUACUUCAUUCAAAAUUUUAUCCGAUGAAAAUGACCUGACAAGUAAAACUUGUAAAUAUACAUUUUCUGUACCAAAAAAUUACGUACCAACUGUGUUGUUGAAUGUAGCUCUAACUGGUGAUAAUAAAAUCACACUGAAACAAUACAGCGAGUGGGGAGGAACAAAAACAUAUGACAUAAAAUCAACUAUUGGAUAUACACUGGCUCCUCUGAAUUUCACAAUUGAAAUCAACCUUCCAAAGAAAACCGCUGGUGACACAUUUGUUAUUGAUAUUAGAGUACGCGAUGCAACUCCGGCAGCUACUGGAGAAACUUUCCUUGUUCAGAAGGAUAUUGGAACUUUGAUCGAUUCCUUUAAUAUUCGCGGAAACAGUAGUAUCCUUCAAAGCUAUGACGCUGAAAACCCUCAAGCUGCAAGUUACAGCAUCAAAAUUGUGAUAUUCACCGAUAUCAACUUAUUUUUCGAUGGUUUGUCGAAAAUCCAUGUUUAUGAUUCUGGACUGUACAAGGGCAGUUUGUAUGAUGUCUACGCAUCUCAAACUACUUGCAUGGGAACACAAUUUGCUAUUGUCAACACCAACCCAUUUACUGUUGACAUUUUCACCGUUCUAAUUUCAGAGAAAUACGAAUGGAGUGAGAACCCAGUUUCCGUGUCAGCAUUACCAAGAAACACUACAAAACAGUACUUGACUGCCACCAAUGGACCAACUGUUUUCCAUGAGAUUUCCAGUGAACUCAACGAGGGAUCAUAUACACCAUCUAUGUACCAGCAAAUAUCAUUUAGAGGAGAUGGAGAGUUGAAAGUGUAUGCUGGAUGUGUUACUAAUGCACAAGAGUCAAAACGGAUAGCAACUAUUACUCCUGCAAACGCCGGCAACUGGGACAAUUUGAGGAUUUACGGGCGCUGCAAAACAGCCGUUCUGACCAAGGGUGUUGUUCAAUGGACAUUCUCAAAUACCUUCCCAACAUCGUUCUACCAUAAGAUUGGACAGCAAGGUGUGAUAAUGAAUAAUGCGUUCCCAUACGCUAGCCCCAACAAUGUCACAUUUAUGAAUUACUUGAUCCAACAUCCUAGCGAGAAUACAAAAGAAAACAUUAUUGUAACAUACGAAGUGGCUCAAAUGGCCUCAGAUGUGUCUUUCGAAGUUCAACAGGAAAUCAAGUACAAUGAAAAUAAGACGACAAAAUUAACCGCUUCCGACACUUCAUUCACAUCAGUAUCUACUUAUCAACAAUACAUCGUAUAUAGUUUACCACAACGAUCAACAGGAUUCCUAGUUAGAUACACGGUGGCCAAAGGAACCGUAGCAAAAAAACGUCCGAGUCAUGGUGGAAAACAGAAAGUUAACAAGGCAAAUAAGACAAAAACUAAAGCCACAAAAAGAAAAACUCAGAUGAAGAAAAGAAAAACUAAACAGGCUCAGAAAAGAAGAAAAGAGAGAAAGAAGGCGGAUAAGGCGAAACGGACAGCAAAAAAGAAGAAAACAAAGAAAAGUAAGAAGUCGAAAGACAAAAAGAAGAAGAAAGCUAAAAAACCUGAAAAACAAAAGCCUGCUGAACCGAAACAAGAGCCGGAUGCUGAUGGUGGUGAAGAUGAUGAUGAAGCUGGGGAAGAGGCUCUCCACAUGAAGUUGGCAGGAAUGUCAGGAUCACGGAGAGCAUCGAAGUGA